AUGAAUAGAAGUUUUUUUUUCUUUUUACAAUAUUUCGUAUUAAUUUUUUUUUUCUAUUUUUGUAAAGGGUAUAAAAAAAAAUAUAAUAAUGCAUCUUUUUUUAUUUCACUGAGUUCUUUCUAUAAUAACGAUAAAAAUCAUUUUAUCAGAAAAAAAAAAGGAAAUAAAAAUAAUGAAAUAAGUAAUUUUUUUUUAAAUUAUACAAAUAAACAUAAUGAAGGUAAACAAAUAAGACAAAAGGAUAUUUUAGGUUAUAUUUCAAAUAAUGAAGUAUUGAAAAUUGAUUAUUUAAAAGAUGGAAAUUUAAGAAAUGAAUACUUAAAUAAAUUGCUGAGUAAUAAAGAGACAAUAUAUGCUCUCAGUUCAGGUAAUGUAUUAAGUGCUAUUAGUGUAAUAAGAAUAUCUGGUGAAUUAAGUAAAAUUAUUUUAGAAAUUUUGUUACAUAAAAAUUCGAAAAACAAUUUGAUUAAUUUUAUGAAAAAUACUAGAAAUAAAAGAAAUACUGAAAACUAUGAGAUUAAAAGAAUGAAGAAAAAAAGUGAGUAUAGUUUGGAUGAAAUCAUUAAUUUAAAGAAAAAUUUUGAAACGAGAAAAUUAUAUAUGGGAGAGUUGUAUGAUAACGAUAAUAAUAUGAUUGAUAAAAUUAUGUUUAGUUAUUUUGAAAAUCCCAAAUCAUAUACUGGUGAAGAUGUUGUAGAAAUUUAUUGUCAUGGAAAUCCUUUUAUAGUAAAGGAAAUUAUGAAUGAAAUAAAUAAUUUAAAUGAGUUAUUUUAUAAAAUUUUAAAAGAAGAAAAAGAAAAUUAUUUCUAUAAUGAAUCCAAUUAUAAUGAUAUAAGUGAUGAAAUAAAAGAAAAAUUAUAUGAUUUAAAUGAUUUCAUAAAAAUACGAGAAAGUAAAAAAGGAGAAUUUACUAGAAGAGCUUUUGAAAAUAAUAAAAUGAAUAUGCUAGAAGUAGAAGGAUUAAAGGAACUAUUAUACUGUAGGCAAAAAAUACAAAAAAAAAUAGCUUUAAAUUAUUUGAAUGGUUAUGCUAAAAAUAUAUAUUUGAAACUAAGAAAAAAUUUAAAAAAAUUAUUAGUAUACACUCAGUUUAAAAUUGAUUUUGAAGAUGAGCAUACUUCUACAGAGAGAGAAAGAAUCAAAAUUAAUAAUUUUUUUGAUGAGAAGGUAAAUGAUUCUAUAAAGAGUAUAAAGGCAAUUUUAAAAAAAGAAAAUGUAGAGGAUUUAUCUAAUUCUAUUGAUGUAUUAAUUUUUGGAAAUGUUAACUCUGGAAAAAGCACAUUAAUGAAUUUUAUUUGCAAUGAUAAUAUAUCAAUUGUAACUAAAAUAAAAGGUUCUACUAUAGAUAUAAUACAAAAAAAUAUUCAAAUUGAGAACAAUUCUUAUAACUUAUGUGAUUCAGCAGGAAUGAUUACUAAUAUUAUGAGUAAACCCUAUUAUUCAAAAGAAGGUAUGAUGGCAAGUGAAGAGUUUUUUUUAAAAAAAAAAAAAAAAAAAAAUAUUCAUAAAAAGUUAGAAUUUAUUGGAAUUAAAAAAACUUUGACAUAUUUAAAAAAAUGUUCGUCUGCUUUUAUUUUAAUAAAUAUAGAACAUUAUGUACAGGAUUUGAAAAAUAUCAUCUCUAUUUUUAAUGAAUAUUUUAAUGUAACUAAAAAGAAAAAAAAAAAAAUCCCAUAUUUUUUUUUAUGUGUAAGUAAAUGUGAUUUAAAAUUGUCAAAGUCAUACAAAAGUAUAAGAAAGAAUAUAAAGAGAAUAAUCCUUAAAUACUUAAAUAUACAUAUUUUAAAAAAAAUUAGUAAGAAAAUAUUUUUUAUUUCUUCUAAAAAAGGAUAUAAUAUUGACAAAAUGUUAAGGUAUUUUAAUAAAAAGAUGAUGAAAAAAAGAAACAUUGGAUAUUCAAAAGAGCAAAAAAUUAUUUUUUUGCCAUUUGAAAGACACAAAAUUUAUUUAAAAAAAUCAUUGAAACAUUUAUUUUUUAUAAAAAAAAAUAAAGAAAAUUUAACUUUCGAUAUUAUAGCUGAAGAGAUAAAGUUAGCUGUUAAUUCUCUAAAUCAAAUUAUUGGAAAAUUUAAAAAGGAGCAAAUUUUAAAUAAAAUAUUAGAGAAUUUUUGCAUUGGUAAAUAA